UAAAUUGUACCUGCAUAACUAAACCAGCAUUAGCUAACUUUUGACCCCUGUUCAGUUUACUUUUGAUACGUAAACAAUAAACUCGUAACCAAGUCUGAAAACUGAAAAAUUACAAUGACUGAUCACCACAGAUGGCAUUCUUUUGUCAUGCGAUGCUUCCCGUAACCCCAAAAGAAGGUAGGCCGUAUGAAAGAUUUCAGCAUCGACUGUAAUAUUCAAAAUAUCAGUAGUUACUCACAACAAACCUAAUCAUUAAUCUAGAUUAUCGAUAAGGCCAUUUGACAAGAGAGAUAAUCAUCAAGUAACAUCUUUAGUAAAAUAAUAGUCCAUAAGAUCUAGGAUCAAACAGCAAAGUUCUGCUGCCCAACCUUUUCCUCAGUAUCAAACUGAAUAGAUCUUAGCUGCAAGCCUAACAUAUUUGGUUGUCGUAUUGUUCAUGCGCUUUCAUAUUUACCAGUUACAAAAACAACAAUAGGCAGCUGGUUGUUUUGAGUUUAGAAAAACGCUGGAAUUUGGCCCUGUUGCUUCAGUUUGACAUAAAAGACACCCUGAUAGGUGUGACGAAGAAAGGUAGGCCUUGCGGUUUAAGAGUUGAGCAUGCAGAUGUAGCGAAGUUACUAAGGAAAUCCUUUUAUAUUCAUUGAGUUUUUCUACGACACACUUUGAGACGAAAUGCAAGUGAAUUGGGGAAUUCUCGGUGCUGGCAACAUUGCUCAUGACUUUUCUGUUGCGUUGAGGACGCUUCCAGUGACUGAACACCAAAUACAGGCCAUUGGGUCUAGAUCGCUUGAACGCGCAGCGGCGUUUGCAAAAACACACAAAAUCAAACAGUUCUAUGGCUCGUACGAUGAAGUUUUCAAUGAUGCAGAAGUCGAUGUUGUGUAUGUUGCAACAGUUAAUAACACACACAAUUCAUUGAUACUGCAAGCACUGGAAAAUGGAAAACAUGUGCUGUGUGAGAAGCCUAUUGGAGUCAACGCCGAAGAAAUUAGUGCUAUCUUCCAGCUGGCUCAAGAAAAGAGACUGUUUGUAAUGGAGGGACUUUGGAGCAUGUUUGUUCCUUCCUGGCUUGAAACCCUUCUACAAAUAAAGAAUGGAGCCAUUGGCAGACCGAGAUUUAUGAACUUCAUGCAUGCAAGAAAAAUGUAUCAAAAAAGGGAGAAAUUUUAUUCCAAAGAAUUGGCAGGGGGGAUGCUGAGCAGCCUUGGUGAAUAUCCGCUCGCUUUUGCUUACUGGGUUUUCAAUAAAGAAGAACCAGUAAAUAUUGUCGCGUCCGGGUACAACUUUGGCACGGGGGUCGAUAAGACCCAUUCGGUGACCAUGUCAUACAGGAAUGGAGAGACACUCACCUCAUUCAUCUCCUGCGAUUUCGAUGGCUUGGAAAAUGCUGAAAUAAUUGGAGACAAAGGCAAAAUAAAACUAAACUACCCUUUCUGGUGUCCAACUACAGUGACCACAUCGAAUUCGGUUCUCUCAUUUGAAAUGCCGCAUGGGGAUAUGCAAACAAAUUUCACCAAUUCAGCUGCACUGAGUUACGAGGCAAGACAUGUUCGACAUUGCUUGAUGUCUGGCUGGUUGGAAAGCAAUGUGGUGACACACAAAGCAUCCAUUACUAUCGCAAGGUGGACGGACGAAAUUAAGCAUCAACUGAACGUCAUGAAUGAGCUGGACGAUGUUAACAGAUAAUACUAAUUUCUACAUGCCACAAUAGAUGUAUAGUAAGAUAAAAUUAGCAGUAAAAUGUAAAGUGUUUUUAGUAGCGAUUAUCUUUUAUAUUUAAAACAA